AUGCCAACCCUCAAAGUCCCAUUCCCAUUCAAAAUGGGAGUCUUCACGAAAGACACGGCAGACAACUGGUCUAAAUGCUCGGUCACCAUCUUCGACUGCGUUGAAAACCCACUUGCUCACUUGCUUCCAGAGCGGAACGGCCAACCCCAUAGCGGACACAUUGAACUCUCUAAUUUCUGCGCCGAUGCCCUCAACCGGCUGAACAGUGUUAUAUCCUCCCUCAACGACAACGAAAAUAGAACUUUACACGGACUUGGGUAUACAUGGAUCAUCAAUUCUGUGCAUAUCGACUGGGAGUAUCGUCCUGAAAGGCAGUUUACUGUGGUCUUCGAGUUGAAUAAUGCGCAGAUGGCGUUUAAUAAGGCGUUUGGGAGUUAUACACUUAAUAAUGUUGAUGCUUCGGGUGACUUGACACCCGAUACGGAUCGAUGGUCUGAGGUUUCGGAGACACUCGCCUCUGAUGAUUCAGUUUCACUGGAAAAUUAG